CUCAACUCUCAAGUAACAAAAUUUUGAACAUUGUAAUUUGUUAUGCUUGAUAUAGUUGUUCUCCGAGCAGCUGUCUUUGUUUUUGUUUGUAUCAGCUGGGUGCAUGUAGUUUAUCUCAGUUGGAAAUUAUCAGAAUUGUCAGAUCUUGAACAGUAAAAUGCCUCUAACGGCUGAUGUAGCGGCACAACAAGUGCAGGAGAGACUGAGAUCUAUGCAUAGAUUAAUAUAUGAUAUAGAAGCAGAAAGAGGUCGUAACGAACAAUGUAUUGAGAGUAUACUCAGAGCUGAAAAGACAGCAGAAAACUCACCAACUGCUGAAGAUUCUGGUUCAUCACAACAGCAAAUGCAGUUAAAGAACCUAUACAAAAAUGGUUUGAAUGCAGCAGAACAGGAAGAAAGGGUUCUGCGAGCAGCGUUAUCAAGGAUUUAUGAAAUUCGGGCCAUCAAGAAUGAAAGAAGAAUUCAGGCCAGGCACGCGGGUAAUAAAGAAACGAUAGGUUGUGGAGCCCUUAUGAAAAUGCUGCUAAGCGCAGCGCAAACUUUGCCCCUGCAUGUGGGCAGAGUGGGUGAGCGUGCGCCUCCCUUGUGCGGGGCUGUUCCAGCUGAUGGAGGUCACGUGGCACGUGCCGGAGACGCUGUUGCAGCUUUAGUUCGAGUCUCCGACAAAGAGGAGAAUUGGAUAUUGGCUGAGGUGGUGAGCUGGCUCCCAGCACAAGGGAAGUAUGAAGUUGACGAUAUUGAUGAAGAGCAGAAGAAUCGUCAUGUGCUCAGUAAACGUCGGGUGGUGCCCCUACCCCUGAUGAGAGCUGAUCCCAGGACUGAUGAGCACGCGCUUUUCCCCAAGGGUGCAGUGGUUAUGGCACUUUACCCUCAAACUACGUGUUUUUACCGGGCUGUUGUGAACAGGCUCCCGGCUUCAGCUGCUGAUCCUUAUGAAGUUUUGUUUGAGGAUUCGUCGUACGCGGAUGGAUUCUCCCCCCCGGAGCGCGUAGCUCAGCGAUACGUGAUCGCUAUCAAGGAGGGCAAAGGCCGAGCCACCUGACCCCGCGCCUCCUCUGCCCCUUCUCCCCCUUCACCGCCCUCGCCCCCUUCGCCUCCCAACGACUCACGUACCCUUACGCCCACCGACUCUGAAUAAGCAGCCCCCAUUUGCACCAUUCACAUUUUUAUACAAUUGAUUGACUCUGAACUCAGAAUAGUUUAUCUAUUUAAGAUUGACGAUGUUUAUCUAUAAAAGAACUGACUGAUUAAUAAACUUGGAGAAGAGAUAACUAGAACUGAACUGAGAUUUUGUAAAUAUUUCUAAUACGUUUUAGUAAUUGUAAAUAAAGGUGUAUUCAUAAUUUUAAGUUAGUUACGCGCAAAUCCUAAUACUAAGGAGAUCUUAUGUUUUGAUUUUUACGAAUAUCCAUGAAAACUAAAAACAUAUUUGUGCUUUAAAAAGCAUACUCAUGGAUCAUUUCCACGUCUUAGUUUUAUAAUUAUAAAAUUGUAUAGACUUCAAUGUGUGAGUUGCGUCAAUAUGAAUUAUAUAUAUUUAGUUAAGAUUGUGAAUAUUCCCAAAUAUGUUAUUAACUCAAUUAUAAUCUGAUUAAUGUAGUUAUAUACAUUAAUAAUUAAGAUGUAUUUUAUCCUAAAUCUUCUCGAUAACAUAGCAAUUAUAUUUGCAAAUUAUUUUUGCAGGUUGCGUCAAAUGUAAGUUAAUUAAUGACAAGUAGAAGUUACUAUAAGAAAAGUACGUUUUGUCGUAUUUAGAUUAUGUGAAUAAAACCUAUGAAAUAU